AUGUCUCAAUUUCUCUUGAAAACGAUUCUUUCUGGAUGUCGUGCUGUAAGAACUUCAUCACCAACCAGUAAUCAGGGUUCUCUGCGAGACCCAAAUGUUGUUCUUCUCAGAUGGAUGUCAAGCAGUUCGAAUCAACAAUCUUUUACGGUCUCUUACCUAGUAAGUUCACUUGGGUAUUCUUCACAAACUGCUUUGUCUGUUUCCAAGUAUGUUAAUUUCGAUACUCCUGAUAAGGCAGACAAAGUCAUAAAGUCUUUCAAGGAUUAUGGAUUCACUGACACCCAAAUAUCACGUCUGGUAAGAACUUAUCCCACGGUGCUCCUAUUUAAUGCUGAGAGAAAAAUUUUGCCAACAUUACAAUUUUUUGAAUCCAAAGGCAUUUCCGGCCCUGAAAUAGCUAAAAUGGUAACUGCAUUCCCUACUGUUUUGGGAAGUAGCUUAGCUAAUCGGAUAUUGCCCUCAUAUGAUUACAUGAGAAAUCUGAUUCAAUCUGAUGAUAAGCCCAUUAUAGCUGUUAAAAAUUAUCCUGAUGUUCUUGUACACAACGUUGAGAAAUAUGUGUCGCCUAACGUUGAUAUUUUGCGUGAACAUGGAGCUUCCGAAUCUAAUAUAGCUACAAUAAUGCGGCAUUGGCCUAGAUCUUUCAUUGUGACUCCUUAUUCCUUCCGAAAGGUUGUGGAGAAAGUGGUGGAAAUGGGGUUUGAUGCUUCAAAGGUAAACUUUGUUAUCGCAGUGAAAGUAAGUAGGUCAUUAAGUGAAUCAACAUGGGAAAGGAAGGUUGAUGCUUAUAAGAAAUGGGGUUGGUCUGAUGAAGAUGUUUUGAAUGCCUUCAAGAGAAAUCCAUUGGUGCAUGUUGCUAUCUGA